AUGCAAGCAGAGAAGAAUUAUGCCAGAGAUUACAGCGAUGCAAUAAAAUCCAAACAGGCUGUCAAUGGUGAUUACUCAAACACAGGUUAUGACCGAGGGCAACUCAACCCCAGCAGUUUCCAGUGUGGGGAUGGUCGUAUAGCUACAUUCACCCUGACCAACAGUGCACCUAUGGAUGCUUCUUUCUACACUGUCCACUUGAAACAGUGGGAGGAAUGUGUGAAGGGUAUUUUGAGGAACCAGUCUGAGAGUGAGGGAACUGCCUACCUGGUGACAGGAACUGUACCUUCACAAGAUCGUAGAAUACCAAGACAAGAGGAAUUUGAUGAUGUUAGCACAAGAGAUUUCCACAGAGUCACUGUUCCUACUCAUAUCUGGACAGCUGUCUGUUAUAAGCAUAAUGUUGAUGAUGAGAAGUCCUUUUCAUUUGGCUAUAUAGGGCUAAAUCAUCCAAACAGUACAAUAAAUGUCAUGACUGUACCACAACUUAAUGCUGAGCUGCCUGCUCUCUAUGGUACAUCUAUAGUAAAUAUUUUCACAGAUGACUGUUUUUCUAACAAUCGUAAAUCUGAAGGAAUUAUCCGACUCCUUUACCAGUCCAUCCAGCUGCCCAUUAGUGAAACUGAUGCUUCAAAGAAUAAUACCUGGGACUACUGCUGCAAUAUUGAUGCUUACCCAUUCUCUGCUCUAAAUGGCAUGACCUGCAAGACUGACCAUCCAUGUGAUUACUAUGGUUAUAAUUACCUCUGGUGUUAUACCACAGAUGGGAAGUGGGACUACUGCUGUUCCCUGUGA